GCAGCAGCAGCAGCAGCAGCAGCAGCAGCAGCAGCAGGAGGACCGCCAAGUUGGAAGAGUUACAGCUGAGGGCAUUGAAAACGAGGCGAGAGUGAGACAGAUACAGAGACAGAGACGGAGAUAAGUAGAGAAGUAGGGAGCGAGAUAGCGAGUGCUGGUGUUGCGUGCACUCGUCCCGGACACGAUGCCAAGCGCCAACAGCGCGGAACCUGGUGAAGUAGCCGCCGCUGUCGUCGCCGUCGCUAUCACCACUAUCGUCGCAGCCGUAGCUGGAGCCACAGCAGGAGCCACAGACGGAGCCAUAGCGCGAAGAGGAAGAAGUAGCCAGUGCCUCGGCGCUCGCAUUUAGCGAGUACGACGGCGAGACCGAGAGACGCGCCUCGUGUGUCCGAGAGCUUCCGUUCCGGCGGCGACAGUCUACCCUUCUUGAGUUCGCGGCAGCCCGCGCUUCUCGCCGCCCUAGACCUCCAGCUCGCUGUCCGUCGACAAGGGCAGCGCACUAGACGCUCGUACUUGACGCGCCUGUGCGCCUACUUCUUCGCGUGCUCGAGGCCCGCGUCCAGGUCCGAGUACGAGCCCGAGCUCGAGUACGAGCUUGAGCCCGAGUCCGAGUCCAAGUCCGAGCCUGCGGCACUGGCCGCGUGCGCGCGCGCGUUCGACCGCAGCCACAGCACUCGGCAGCGAUCGGCCCGCGUCCCCGCGCCCAAGAAGAGUGCCAAGCCACGCAGCUCCUCGGCGGCCGUCUCUCCUUAUGCUCGUCCUCAGAAUUUGGAAAGUAUUUUAGAGAUCUAUUGAGAUAAUUUAAUAUUUGUGAAAAUUGCAAUUGUACAUCAGACAAUAUGUCGGAAAUAGUAUACCCACAAGGGUGUAGACCUGUCACGGAUGAUCUUGGACCGGAUGAGCUCAUAAGAAGACUCAAGACACUUGCUCAUACACUGCAAGCGAUGGGUCAAGAUGAGGGAAUAUAUCAACAAUAUAUUCCCUUAGCAUUGCAUUUAGCUGAAGAUUAUUUCCUACAGCAUACAAGCAAGGAUGUACAGCUAUUAAUUGCUUGUUGCAUUGCUGAUGUACUGAGAGUUUAUGCUCCAGAAGCUCCAUAUAAAGAUGCUGACCAGGUCAAGACUAUAUUCUUUUUUUUAAUUAAACAGUUGGCUGGCUUAAGAGAUCCUAAAGAUCCAGCCUUUAAAAGAUACUUUUAUCUCCUUGAAAACUUGGCUUAUGUUAAGUCUUUCAAUAUGUGUUUUGAGUUGGAAGAUUGUCAAGAAAUAUUUUGUGGUCUGUUUUCGCUAAUGUUUAAAAUUGUUAAUGACGAGCACUCGGGUAAAGUUAAAAGCUUUAUGCUCGACGUUUUAUGUCCACUUAUUACUGAAUCCGAUAUCGUCAGCAAUGAAUUACUAGACAUAAUACUUAUUAAUAUUGUUGAACCAAAUAAAAAUCAUAGAAAGAAUGCGUAUGCUCUCGCUAAAGAACUUAUAAUAAAAUGCAGCGACACUUUAGAGACUUAUAUUCAAGCCUUCUUCAAUCACGUACUCAUUCUGGGCAAAGAGGAAAAGAACUUGCAAAUCUGCAACAAGGUAUACGAUUUAAUUUAUGAACUGAACCACAUAUGCCCCAGUGUUUUGCUGUCCGUCCUACCCCAACUUGAAUGUAAACUAAAGUCGUCGAAUGAACAAGAACGCCUUGGCGCAGUCGCCCUCCUUGCUCGAAUGUUUUCUGAAAAAGGAUCGCAAUUGGCUGUCCAGCAUCCGCAACUGUGGCGCGCGUUUCUUGGACGUUUCAACGAUAUAAGCGUGUCGAUACGCAUUAAGUGUGUACAAUACUCAAUGCACUUCCUGCUAAAUCAUCCAGAGUUACGGAAAGAUAUCACCGACACACUUAAAAUGCGACAGCACGACGCCGACGAGAACGUAAGGUACGAGGUAGUGAUGGCCAUUGGUACAACAGCGCGCAAGGACUUCGAGGUCGUGUCAGACAGCGAAGAUCUGCUAGAGUUUGUGAAGGAAAGAACUUUGGACAAAAAGUUUAAAAUUAGAAAGGAAGCGAUGUCUGGUCUUGCAAUGAUUUAUAAGAAACAUUUAAAUGACGCAGAUGUGCCACAAGCCACAAAAAAAGCGGUUACGUGGAUCAAGGAUAAAAUCCUGCAUGGAUAUUAUAUGGCGGGGAUGGAAGAUAGACUAUUGGUGGAGAGAUUGUUAAAUACAUGCCUAGUGCCUUAUCAAUCACCGGCAGAAGACAGGAUGAAGAAGUUGUAUCACUUAUUGGGUACGAUAGAUGAUCACGCAUCCAAAGCUUUCGUUGAGCUUCAAAAGCAUCAGUUAGCUGUAAGAAGAUCAGUAGCCGAAUGGAUUGACAUAAUCAAAAGAACGGAAUCGGGAAAUAGUGCUGAAUUAUCUCAAAAGAUUUUGCAAAUUUCUCGUUUCCUACCUGACCCUAUGAAGGUGCAAGAAUUUCUUCAAAAGUUCAGUGCACAUCUAAAGAAAGAUCCAGCUCUCAUGCAGGGCAUGGAGACAAUAUUGCAACCAAAAGUGUCAUGUAAAGAUUGCGCAGAAGCAAUUAGUGCAGUCCUGAAAAAGUUGGGCCAACCGGUCAUGACCAAUCUUUAUUAUAACACUAUAAAGAUGUUACUAGAGAGAGUUAGUUCAGUAAUGAUCGACGAAGAAGCGAUACGAGUAUUAAUAGGAUACGUAUGCGACUGUUUAAAAGGUGGUAAUGUAAUAGAAGAAGUUGGUUUAAAUCCAAAUAAUGCAGGUGAAAAAGGACUCAGGUUACUUUUGAUGUUAUCAUUUGUGUUCGCGCCUCAUUUUUUGCACGAUGAUAUUUUAAUGCAACUUGUACAUCUCUUGGAAUUGGAUGAUGAAAUGGUUGCCCCGCUUGUACUUUCAAUAUUUACAUUUUUGGGGAAGUAUCGACCACUCUGUGAUGUGGCGCCUGACAUAAUGGAUCAAUUAAUGCCAAUUUGUAAAGCUUUUGCUGGAUCUGGUACACCUAAACAAGCUAAACAGGCCGUCAGAUGCUUAUACGUCAAUAUGACUAAUAGUCAUGACACCAUUUUUCCAGAAAUUAUUGAAAAAAUAAAAAAUUCCCUUACACCCGCAUCCGAAUACUAUCGUACGGCUAUCGUUGCGCUUGGACAUAUUGCGUACAAUCUACCUGAAAAAUAUCAUCUCCAGAUUAAAAAUAUGGUUUCGAGAAAGAUUGUUAAAGAGUUAUUAGUUAAAGAAAGUAGUGAGCAACAGCAAGAAAAUGACGCUGAAUGGUGUAGAGAGGAUGAGCUACCCGAGGAAACACGUUGCAGGUUAGAAGGAUUGAAGUGUAUGGCCCGGUGGCUUUUAGGUCUGAAAAACGAUGUUCUCUCGGCUCAAAAAACAUUCAGAAUGUUAAAUGCAUUCAUAGUAAAUAAAGGCGAUCUACUACAGCAAGGACGUCUUAGUAAAGCAGAAAUGAGUUGGCUCCGACUUCAAGCUGGAUGUUCUAUGUUAAAAAUUUGUGAACAAAAAGGAGUUGGUGAUCAAUACACGGCAGAGCAAUUUUACAACUUAUCUCAGCUUAUGGUGGAUGACGUUAUACAAGUGAGAGAAUCGUUUAGUAAUAAAUUACACAAAGGACUGGGUAGAGGAAUACCAAACAAAUGCUUACCUUUAGAUUUUAUGGGUUAUUAUGCUCUUGCAGGAAAAGAACAAAAUAAAAAAUUAAAACAACUGAUGAAAACUUAUAUGCAAACAGAUAUUAACAAAAGAAGGGAUUAUGUUAAAACAUUAUCAUUGGGCACAGUCGAACGAGCUGUCGGUAAACUUCCUCAUAUUUUACCAGAUUAUAUGUUAGUUUUUGCUGUUCCUAUACUUGCUCACGAUCCAGAGUUCUUUAGCCAUACGUUAAUAACUCACUUAAAAAUCAUACAGCAAUGUUUGUGGUUUAUUUUAGAGCCACUUAUAACCAAAAAUGAAUAUUAUUGUUUUGGAUUUUAUAAAAAUCUAAUAGAGAGAAUGAAGAAUCACAAGGAUGCAUUGAGGCCAGAUGAUGAAGCUACGAAUUAUAAAUUAUGGGCAGUUUGUGAUAUGGCGAUGAACGUUAUUUUUACUAAGACGACAAACUUCGACAUGAAGGAAUUUCCAAGCGAGACGCGAAUACCAACGAUGUAUUUCAAAAGAGCCGAUGAGAUAAUCUCAAAUACCAAGAAUUAUCUACCUGCAGAAUUACAAAUCAAUAUGAACAAUCCUAAAGGGAAGGGAACGGCUAUCAAUUCAAUAACGAACGAGAGGCCCAGUAGGAAAACGAAAGCAAAACAGAAAGAGACAGGCAUUGGACCAAAUGAAACUGAUGCUAGACUGCAUGUUGGCGAAAGGAAGUGUAUUGAUGCUCAGCCUGCAGAAGCAUCCGAGACAAGGAUUCACCUUCCAGGUUUAGUUGAUGAUAUCGAUGAACCCCCAGAAAAGAAACCGCAUAAGGAUUCAGAUAAGUAAAUAAUUGUGUAAGUGAACUAUUUAAAGAAACAAAAAAAGAAGAAGAAAAAGAAGAAGUAAUAAAGUGAAUGAAAAUAAAUUGAAGAUGAAGAAGAUGUGAUAACGCUAUUAUACGAACAUUAUGUGAACAUCUUAUAAA